UGGCUCUGCUCAGACACAGACAAAUCUUGUUCUCGACUGUGCUCUGCGCAAAAAGGAUAAUUACUUACCCACCCACUCGAGCAACACACCAGCUCUACCAUCCCCAACUUGCUGAUAUGUGCAAAGGACUAGCAUCGCUGCCUACCUGCUGCCUGGAAAGGGCCAAGGAGCUGAAAGCAAGGCUGGGAAGCGUUCUGCAAAAAUCCAGUUGGAACCUACACUGCUGCUGCAAGAUAGGGAAAAAUAAGCCAACGCUGGAGGAAUGCCUCAGGUGGAAGGAGUCCUUUGAAAAGCUCCUGUCCAGCAAAUAUGGACUGUGCGCCUUCACCGCCUUCCUGGUAUCGGAGUUCAGCGAGGAGAACAUCGCGUUCUACUUUGCUUGCGAGGAAUACAGGAGCACCAAGUCCCCUGCAAAACUUCAAGCCAAAGCCCACAAGAUCUAUGAUGAAUUCAUCGGGAGCGAGGCUCCCAGGGAGAUUAACAUCGACCACGAAACACGUGACAUCACCAAGGCCAACAUGCAGACCCCCUCACCUUCUUGCUUCGAUAUUGCUCAGCACCGGAUCUACAUGCUCAUGGCCAAAGACUGCUACCCUCGCUUCCUACGCUCACCCGCCUACAGAGAUCUCCUGAGCCAGCCCAAACCGAGCGACAAGGCCACGAAGCAGCCGAGGCAGGAGAAGAAGGUGUGAAGAACUGAUCUCCCCGUGGGCCGAUGAAGGAUUGCUAGUUGUAACCUUAAGGGGUUAAGAAGGCAGCAGGCGAGAUGUGGCAUAUUGGUUGCGGCAUCAUGAAGCCGGGACGCUGACGCAGACACACACAGAGAUUGUCGCGAGAGCAGCGGUGGGUUCUGUAGAGAAGUCAACCAGCUUUCUCAGAAGACAAGGAAGGAUGGAUGGGACAG